CGUCUUCAAGUCAAAUCCAGCUCCGCCAUGUAUUUAAACUGAUUCUUCAAAAAAAAAAAAAAAAAAAAAAAAUCUUGGAGUGUAUAUAUAGAUAUAUAUAUAUAUAUACAUUUCUCCAUUUUUGGCCACCCAAACUACCUAAAUUGAAUUCGUCGUGUUCGUCUUUCUCCGCCAUAAAUAACAAUUGAUUUCCUUCGUUCUUUCAAGUUUUUGUCAACUGAGUACUGAGAUCCAGUCUGAGUCGACACUUGUAGAGGUUCGAAAAUGGCGCAGAAGAAGUUUAUUUUUGAGGUUGAAAAGGCUAAGGAAGCUAAGGAUGGAAGGCCUUCCAUGGGACCUGUUUAUCGAAGUAUGUACGCCAAGGAUGGCUUUCCUCCUCCGAUUGAUGGAUUGGAUUGUUGUUGGGAUGUGUUUAGGCUUUCUGUGGAGAGAAAUCCUGGAAACAAAAUGCUUGGUCGCCGGGAGGUUGUGGAUGGGAAGGCUGGAAAGUAUGUUUGGCAAACUUAUAAGGAGGUUUAUGAUUGUGUGAUAAAACUUGGAAAUGCCAUGCGCAGUUGUGGUUUCGGAGAAGGAGACAAAUGUGGUAUCUAUGGUGCCAAUUGUUCUGAAUGGAUUAUGAGCAUGCAGGCUUGCAAUGCUCAUGGACUCUAUUGUGUUCCGUUGUAUGACACCUUAGGUGCUAAUGCAAUUGAGUUUGUCAUAAAACAUGCCGAGGUUACAAUUGCUUUUGCAGAAGAGAAAAAGCUUCCUGAGCUGUUGAAAACACUUCCUAACACCACAGACUAUUUAAAAACACUUGUGAGCUUUGGGAAGGUCACACCGGAACAAAGGGAAUCUGUUGAAAAGUUUGGAUUGAAGAUCUAUUCCUGGGAAGAGUUCUUGCAAUUGGGUGAUUGUAAAGAUUUCGAUCUUCCAGUGAAAAAGAAAACUGAUAUAUGCACUAUAAUGUAUACUAGUGGAACUACUGGUGACCCAAAAGGAGUACUGAUAUCCAAUGAGAGCAUCAUUUCUCUUUUGGCUGGGGUGAGGCGAUUGCUUGAGAGUGUAAAUGAAAAGUUGACCGAGAAAGAUGUAUUUCUUUCAUAUCUUCCCCUUGCACAUAUCUUCGAUCGGGUGAUUGAGGAGUUAUUUAUUUUGCAUGGUGCCUCAAUCGGGUUCUGGCGUGGCGAUGUCAAAUUAUUACUUGAAGACAUUGGGGAGCUAAAACCAACUAUUUUCUGUGCCGUUCCCCGUGUGCUGGAUAGAGUCUAUGCUGGUUUGACGCAGAAGAUUUCUGCUGGGGGAUUCUUAAAGAAGACUCUCUUCAAUUUCGCAUACUCACGCAAGUAUAAUAACAUGCGAAAGGGGCUUAAACACGGGGACGCAGCUCCAUUAUGUGACAAAAUUGUAUUUAGUAAGGUGAAGCAAGGUUUGGGAGGUAAUGUGCGGCUUAUUCUGUCUGGAGCUGCGCCUCUAGCUCCUCAUGUUGAAGCUUACUUACGAGUUGUGACAUGUGCUCAUGUUUUGCAAGGAUAUGGGCUAACUGAAACUUGUGCGGGGACAUUUGUCUCGAUACCAAAUGAACUACCAAUGCUCGGUACAGUUGGUCCUCCAGUACCCAAUGUUGAUGUAUGUCUGGAAUCAGUUCCGGAAAUGGGAUAUGAUGCCCUUGCAGAAGUACCGCGUGGAGAAGUAUGUGUGAAGGGAAGCACCUUAUUCUCUGGGUACUACAAACGUGAAGACUUAACCAAGGAGGUCAUGAUUGAUGGGUGGUUCCAUACAGGUGAUGUUGGUGAGUGGCAAGCAGAUGGAAGCUUGAAAAUCAUUGACCGUAAGAAAAAUAUUUUCAAACUUUCUCAAGGAGAAUAUGUGGCAGUUGAGAACUUAGAGAACAUUUAUGGUCUUGUUUCUGACAUUGACUCAAUAUGGGUUUACGGGAACAGCUUCGAGUCCUUCCUCGUUGCUGUGAUUAACCCGAACCAGCAAGCACUUGAACGUUGGGCCGGAGAGAAUAAUAUAUCUGGUGACUUCAAGUCCAUUUGUGAAAAUCCAAGAGCAAAGGAAUACAUCUUGGGAGAGCUCAAUAAGAUUGGCAAAGAGAAAAAGUUGAAAGGUUUUGAGUUCAUAAGAGCUGUUCACCUUGACCCAGAGGCAUUUGACAUAGAACGUGACCUUAUUACUCCAACAUAUAAGAAAAAGAGACCCCAGUUGCUCAAAUACUACCAGAGUGUUAUUGAUAACAUGUACAAGGAAGGAAACAAGCCCAGGACCUGAAAGAUAUAAUAGACAUUUAGAGCUUCACUUUCUAAUAUUUCUUCACACACUUCCCAUUUUCAUCUCUCUCUCUCUUACUUAUUACACUUUAUAAAUAAUUAACAAGGUUUACUGUGUUGUAAAUGACAUUUUAAUAUUUUCAUAGUCUUAAUGUUUCAAUUCUUA